ACCAUUUCCCUCUAAUAAAAAAAACAUCUUGUUUGAAUUACCAUUCCCAAAGCUUCACAAGAUUCAGAAGUUUUUGACAAUUCAUCACUAGAAAAGGCCACUUGUUUUCUUUAUAACUACCAACUUAAAUUUUAUCCUGGUCAUUGCAUAGUUUCUUUUCUACAAGAAUCACAAACUGCAAUGCUCCUUCAUUUUAUUGCUUUCUCCCUCAAUAAUUCAAUUCAUCCAUAGUCAAGAAACACGGAUUUCUGCAAAAAUAUUUCUGGGUUUUAGCUAUCCUUGACUUUCAAGCACGAUACCAUCGUUAAUGGAGAGUGGUGACAUCUAUAAAGCCAGUAGUAGCUUACGUAGAGGGAGCUUUUCUACAUGGAAACACCAUCCCAGUGGUAUAUUUUCAACAUCUUCUCGAGAAGAAGAUGACGAGGAGGCUUUAAAAUGGGCCGCACUUGAGAAACUACCCACCUAUGAUCGUUUGAGGAAAGGUAUAUUGCUUAGUGCUUCUAAAGGUGCUGUUAAUGAGAUUGAUGUAGACAAUCUUGGAUUUCAAGAAAGGAAAACUUUGCUUGAGAGGUUGGUCAAAGUCGCUGAAGAGGAUAAUGAGAAGUUCUUGUUCAAGCUCAAGAAUCGUAUUGAUAGAGUUGGUAUUGAAAUUCCAACAAUUGAAGUUCGAUUUGAGCAUCUGAAUGUUGAAGCAGAUGCUUUUGUAGGAAGCAGAGCUUUGCCUUCAUUUAUUAACUUCUCUGUUAAUAUGUUGGAGGGUUUCUUGAAUUAUAUUCCUAUCUUUCCAAGUAGAAAGAGACCGUUGACCAUCCUCAAGGAUGUGAGUGGAGUCAUCAAGCCAUCAAGAAUGACUUUGCUUUUGGGUCCUCCAAGUUCUGGAAAGACCACACUUUUGUUGGCAUUAGCUGGAAAACUUGAUCCUAAUCUGAAGUUCUCUGGUACUGUGACUUAUAACGGCUAUAAGAUGAAUGAAUUCAUACCUCAGAGAACAGCAGCAUAUAUAAGUCAACAUGAUGUUCAUUUAGGAGAAAUGACUGUAAGGGAAACUUUGGCAUUUUCUGCCAGAUGUCAAGGAGUUGGAACUCAACAUGAGUUGUUAGCAGAGUUGUCUAGAAGAGAGAAAGCAGCAAAUAUUAAGCCUGACCCUGAUAUUGAUGUCUUCAUGAAGGCUGCAGCAACAGAAGGUCAAGAGACUAGUGUGGUCACUGAUUAUAUUUUAAAGAUAUUAGGAUUGGAAAUCUGUGCUGAUAUUUUGGUAGGAGAUGAAAUGGUAAGGGGUAUAUCUGGAGGACAAAGGAAGCGCGUUACCACAGGUGAAAUGUUGGUUGGACCUGCAAAGGCACUGUUUAUGGAUGAGAUAUCUACUGGCCUGGACAGCUCAACAACUUACCAAAUUGUGAACUCGCUAAAGCAAUCCAUUCACAUUCUUAAUGGAACUGCUGUCAUAUCGCUCCUCCAGCCAGCUCCAGAGACCUAUGACCUCUUUGAUGAUAUUAUUUUAUUGUCAGAUGGCCAGAUUGUGUACCAAGGUCCUCGUGAACAAGUGCUUGGUUUUUUCGAACAUAUGGGCUUUAAGUGUCCUGAAAGAAAAGGCGUGGCCGACUUCUUACAGGAAGUCACGUCAAGGAAAGAUCAGAAGCAGUAUUGGGCACGUAGAGGUCAGCCUCAUAGAUUUAUCACAGUUCAAGAAUUUUCAGAGGCAUUCCAAUCAUAUGAGCUGGGGAGAAGAAUUGCAGAUGAGCUUUCAACUCCAUUUGAUAAGACCAAGAGCCAUCCUGCUGCUUUGUCAACCAAAAAGUAUGGAGUUGGAAAAAUGGAGCUGCUUAAAGCCUGCAUCUCAAGAGAGUUCUUGCUCAUGAAGAGAAACUCAUUUGUCUACAUCUUCAAGCUCACCCAACUUACCUUUAUGGCAAGUGUUAGUAUGACACUCUUCCUGAGGACUGAGAUGCACAGAAAUAAUCUGACAGAUGGAGGAAUUUAUUUGGGUGCUUUAUUUUUCUCUGUGAUCAUGGUCAUGUUCAAUGGUAUGGCAGAGCUAUCUCUGACCAUUGCAAAGCUUCCAGUGUUUUACAAGCAAAGGGACUUCCUAUUUUAUCCUGCAUGGGCAUAUUCUCUUCCCACAUGGAUUCUUAAAACUCCUGUGACAUUUGUAGAAGCUGCUGUCUGGACUGUUCUCACCUACUAUGAAAUUGGAUUUGAUCCUAAUGUUGUAAGGUUCUUCAAGCAUUACCUUGUCUUGUUACUUGUUAACCAGAUGGCAUCUUCACUAUUUCGAUUUAUUGCUGCAACUGGAAGGAAUGUGAUUGUUGCCAACACCUUUGGAUCAUUCUCGCUGCUUACACUUUUUGCAUUGGGUGGCUUUAUACUAUCACGAGAGGAGAUAAAGAAAUGGUGGAUAUGGGGUUACUGGAUAUCACCAUUGAUGUAUGGGCAGCAUGCAGUAGUAGUUAAUGAGUUUCUUGCAAAAAGCUGGAGACAUAUUCCACCAAACUCGACAGAACCAUUGGGGGUUCAACUAUUGAAAACCCGUGGUUUCUUCCCUCAUGCUUAUUGGUAUUGGUUAGGAGUAGGUGCAUUGGGUGGAUUCGUACUAUUGUUCAACUUCUGUUUCACUUUGGCUCUCACUUUCCUUGACCCAUUUGAGAAACCGCAGGCUGUUAUAGUUGAAGAUUCUCAAAGUAAUGAACCUGGUGAUGAAAAUGGAAAAGGUGCUGGAGAAGAAAUUAGCGAGGCGAACCAUAACAAGAAGAAAGGAAUGGUUCUUCCAUUUGAACCACGUUCUGUAGCCUUUGAUAAUGUUAUGUACUCAGUUGACAUGCCACAGGAAAUGAAAAGCCAGGGAGUCCUUGAAGAUAAAUUGGUGCUCCUAAAGAAUGUGAGUGGUGCUUUCAGGCCAGGGGUUCUCACAGCUCUAAUGGGUGUUAGUGGAGCCGGUAAAACCACUCUGAUGGAUGUGCUUGCUGGCAGGAAAACCGGUGGCUAUAUUGAGGGAGACAUCAGAAUUUCUGGGUACCCAAAGAAGCAAGAAACGUUUGCUAGAGUUUCAGGAUACUGUGAACAAAAUGACAUCCACUCUCCAUUCGUUACUGUCUAUGAAUCCUUAGUCUACUCAGCUUGGCUUCGUCUUCCCCCUGAAGUUGACUCUGACACCAGAAAGAUGUUUGUUGAUGAAAUUAUGGAGCUUGUAGAACUAGAUCCAUUAAAGCAAGCACUAGUCGGAUUGCCUGGUGUGAGUGGUCUUUCUACAGAGCAGAGAAAGCGGCUAACAAUAGCAGUUGAGCUAGUAGCAAACCCCUCUAUAAUAUUCAUGGAUGAGCCAACUUCAGGGCUAGAUGCAAGAGCUGCUGCAAUUGUGAUGAGAACAGUUAGAAACACCGUAGACACAGGAAGGACUGUAGUGUGCACCAUCCAUCAACCAAGCAUUGACAUAUUUGAUGCUUUUGAUGAGCUAUUCCUGAUGAAGAGAGGAGGAGAAGAGAUAUAUGUUGGGCCAUUGGGUCGCCUUUCUUGCCAUUUAAUCAAAUAUUUUGAGGGAAUUGAAGGAGUCAGUAAAAUUACAGAUGGUUAUAACCCAGCAACUUGGAUGUUGGAAGUUACAAGUUCCGCACAAGAGUUAGCGUUGAAUGUUGACUUUGCUGCCAUUUACAAGAAUUCAGAAUUGUACAGGAGAAACAAAGAAAUGAUUAAGGAAUUAAGCACACCUGCUCCUGGUUCCACGGACCUAUAUUUCCCUACAAAGUACUCACAGUCAUUUUUCACCCAAUGUAUUGCUUGCUUAUGGAAGCAGCGCCUGUCAUACUGGCGGAAUCCACCAUAUACUGCAGUAAGAUUUUUGUUCACGACCUUUAUAGCUUUGAUGUUCGGGACAAUGUUCUGGGAUCUUGGCUCCAAGAAGACAAAGCAGCAAGAUAUUUUUAAUGCUGCAGGAUCAAUGUAUGCUGCUGUUUUCUUCCUUGGGGUGCAAAAUGCAUCAUCUGUACAGCCAGUGGUAGCGAUUGAGAGAACUGUCUUCUAUAGAGAAAGAGCCGCUGGAAUGUAUUCGGCUAUGCCCUAUGCUUAUGCACAGGUGCUAGUUGAGCUUCCAUAUAUUUUUGCACAAGCCAUUGUCUAUGCGGUUAUAACUUAUGCAAUGAUGGGAUUUGAAUGGACUGGUAUUAAAUUCUUCUGGUAUAUAUUCUUCAUGUACUUCACAUUAUUGUACUUCACCUUCUAUGGAAUGAUGACUGUUGCCGUGACGCCGAACCACCACAUAGCUGCCAUAGUUUCCUCAGCAUUUUAUGGACUAUGGAAUCUCUUUGCAGGAUUUAUAGUCCCGCGAACCAAAAUGCCUGUGUGGUGGAGGUGGUACUACUGGGGAUGUCCAGUAUCAUGGACAUUGUACGGAUUAGUUGCAUCUCAAUAUGGAGAUGUGAAGGAUGUUCUUGACACUAAUCAGACAGUUGAAGACUUCGUAAGAGAAUACUAUGGUUUUAAACAUGAUUUUGUCGGAGUAAUUGCAGGUGGGAUUGUUGGGAUUUCAGUCCUUUUUGCUUUUAUAUUUGGUUUUUCUAUCAGGUUCUUCAAUUUCCAGAGAAGAUAGAGAUUGUUAUCUAAGUUAUUUCAAAGAAUCAUUAUCAGGUUCUUCAAUUUCCUGAGACGAUGGAGAUUGUUCUUUAAUUUUAGCCUUCAUGAUUACGUAGUUAUAAAUAUUAAUUUGUAAUUCAAAACUCAUUGGACGUUGUUAUAAAUUAUAGUUCCCUCCUUUAAAA